GGAGAGAGAUAUUCAUUUUAAUACCAUCACUCGAUAAUUUUCUCCCCGGCCACGGUAGACGCGCCGUGGAAACGAGGAGAUUUGAGGCUGCUUCAAUCUCAUGUUGCAUCGCGUCUUUGUUCGGGUACGGUCUUGAUUCUAUCUUCUUCCAUCUGUUCACCCCUCUGCAGUGCAUCCAUCCCUGCAGUUCAGGUGUUUGCGAUAAUACCCAAGUGAAACUGCUGGUUUCGGAGACUCAUGUCGCGAUUUGCAGCCGCUUUUUUGAGUGCCUUUUUUUUUUUAAGGUGGGAUGAUUUGAUUUUUGACGAUGAUGCUUUCCUUAUGUCGUGGGACAUUUCCAGUUCUGUGUGGGUCUGACCCUGAUCGGCACAAAGUUGGCUACUUGGAGGGCUGUCGCAAUUACGUGUCCCGCUGUCUGCUUCUUCCACCAUUGAAAUUCCAGCUCAAACCUGAGAAAGUAGUGGAAUCAAGAGACGUCUUUGUAUGCAUAGUGUGAUUGGUAGACGUUGCUUUUGCACCGGGGCUCCACGGCCUUGGCUCUUCGUCGGCUUGGGCAAUCCUGGAGAUAAGUACAGAGGAACCAGGCAUAAUGUUGGGUUUGAAAUGAUCGAUGCUUUUGCCGAAUCGCAAGGGAUUCCGAUGAGCACGGUCCACUGCAAAGCUAUGUUUGGGCAAGGUUUUGUUGGUGAUGUCCCUGUAUUUCUCGCAAAGCCUCAGACUUACAUGAAUCUGAGCGGCGAAUCGGCUGGACCUCUAGCUGCUUAUUAUAAGCUGCCUCUUAAUAGGGUGCUUGUGUUUCAUGAUGACAUGGACUUGCCAUGUGGGGUGCUUCGGCUUAAACCUAAAGGUGGUCAUGGAAGUCACAAUGGAGAGGUAUAUCUUACCCCAAACGUAGAGAAUGGUUGUCUAUUACUCAGUAGUUGCUGUGAACUUCUAAGGCUGAAGAGUGUAAUAUAUCAUUUUCGAGGAAACAGAGAAUUUGCUCGGCUGAGAAUUGGUAUUGGCCGGCCUCCUGGGCAGAUGGAUCCCAAAGCAUUCUUGCUUCAAAAAUUCAAUAGGACAGCGAGGGAGCGGAUUGACAUCGCUUUGCAAGAGGGAGUUGAUGCUCUGAAGCUUGUCUUGUCCAAAGGCUUGACAGAGAGUGAGAGAUGCUUCAACAGGGAACAAAAGUACAAGCAUAUAAGAUUGCAAAACCUACCUACAUAAAAAAAUAGGUAUCUACUGUAGCUUAGAGGAAAUUUCUUUAUGUAACUUUUCUCUUGGUAUGGCUUCUAUAUCUUUCUUCAACAGUGUAAGUAACUCACGUCUGCUUUUGACUGAUGUCAUAGGGAGCGAAUUCAUUUUCCAAAGAAGAAUUUGAAAAUGCUGUAUUGCCAUCCUUUACAUGAUGUUUGAUGCUGACACAAGUCAUGCUUAGCUGACUAGCUUAAAGAUGAAGUUGCUUGAGUAUACAUGGAUGACUAUCAUUUGUAAGAAUUGUGUUUUAGUCUUGUGAGCUUUGGUGCUUAAUAGAGAAAACUAUGGGAGCCUUCAGAU